GGCUCGCUCGCUCACUCUUCUCGGUUGCAUCAUCAGCAGCACUGCCUCCGGCUGUAACUCAAGCCACUCAAGCUGCUGAAGUUGUGCAGCUGCUGUCAUAGGCACGUGUUGCGUGUUUUACUGAGAAUCCUGACCGCAGUCGUGAAAGAACUGUCACGAUGACCUCAGCAGCUGAGAUACGUCAAAAGUUUAUGGACUUUUUUGUCCAGAAGUAUGACCAUGUGUAUGUUAAAUCAUCGUCAGUGAUUCCUCAUGAUGACCCUACACUUCUUUUCACUAAUGCUGGAAUGAAUCAGUUCAAGCCUAUCUUUUUGGGAACAGUUGACCCCAACAGUGAAGCAGGCAGGUAUAAACGGGUUGUGGACACACAGAAGUGCAUCCGUGCUGGUGGAAAGCACAAUGACUUGGAUGAUGUGGGAAAGGAUGUCUACCAUCAUACAUUCUUCGAGAUGCUUGGCAAUUGGUCAUUCGGUGACUUCUUCAAGAAGGAAAUAUGUGCAUGGGCAUGGGAGUUGCUCACAGAGGUGUUCAAGCUACAGCCAGAUCGCCUUUAUGUCACCUACUUUGGUGGCAAUGAAGCUGCUGGUCUGAAGCCAGACUUGGAGUGCAAAGAAAUCUGGAAGAAGCUUGGUGUUCCAGAGGAUCGUAUUUUGCCUGGGAGCAUGAAAGAUAACUUCUGGGAAAUGGGAGAAACUGGUCCUUGUGGCCCGUGCUCUGAAAUUCACUAUGACCGUAUUGGCGGUCGCAACGUUGCCCAUCUCGUGAAUGCUGAUGUUCCUGAUGUCCUGGAAAUCUGGAACUUAGUGUUCAUCCAGUACAACAGGGAAACAGAUGGUACACUAAGACUGCUGCCCAAACAGCAUGUGGACACUGGUAUGGGAUUUGAACGAUUGGUGUCUGUUAUUCAGGACAAGCCUUCAAACUAUGACACUGACAUCUUUGUGCCAAUCUUCGAGGCCAUUCAGAAGGCUACAGGUGUGAGACCGUACAGUGGAAAAGUUGGCAAGGAUGACGUCGAUGGUAUUGACAUGGCCUAUCGUGUCCUGGCAGACCAUUCGCGCACUCUGACGAUUGCUCUUUCGGAUGGUGGACGACCAGACAACAUUGGUCGUGGGUAUGUUCUUCGGCGAAUUUUGAGGCGAGCUGUGCGAUAUGCCACUGAGAAAAUGAAUGCUGCUCCUGGAACAUUUGCGAGGCUGGUUCCUGUUGUGGUUGAAAUUCUGGGUGAUGCCUUUCCCGAACUGAAGAAAGACCCAGAAGGUGUGAUGGACAUAAUUAAUGAAGAAGAGAGCCAGUUUCUCAAGACACUUUCUCGUGGCCGGCGCCUUCUGGAGAAGACUGUGGGCAAACUAGGGGACCAGAAGUUCUUGCCAGGUGAUGUGGCUUGGAGGCUGUACGACACGUAUGGAUUUCCGAUUGAUCUGACUCAGCUGAUGGUUGAAGAGAAGGGCCUUGCUGUUGACAUGGAAUCUUAUGAGAAGGCCAAGCAAGCAGCUCAGUUGGCAUCCCAGGGUGGAGACAACAAAGUGGAUGCUGGGCUCAAGCUCGAUGUACAUGCUAUAUCUGAGCUACAGGCAAAAGGUGUGCCAUCUACAGAUGACCUUCCGAAAUAUGAUUAUUCAGCCAAGUCUGAGGACAAGAAUGCAGCAUAUGAAUUUGCUCCAUGUUAUGGCACUGUCCUUGUGCUACGAACGAGCAAGACGUUUGUGGACUCAGUAGAGGCAGGUCAUCAGUGUGGUGUCAUCCUGGACCGCACUAACUUUUAUGCCGAGUCUGGAGGCCAGUCUUGUGACACCGGGUUUAUGACUUCCGAGGAAAAUGAAGAUGUGGAGUUUGCUGUGAAUGAAGUCCAUGUCCAAGGUGGCUAUGUUAUUCACAUUGGAAGACUUGGAAGUGGUACACUGAAAGUGGGCGACAAGCUCAAGCUGUCUAUUGACGAGGAGCGCCGUAAGUUACUGAUGAACAACCACACGGGGACGCACGUUUUGAACUUUGCAUUGCGCCAAGUGUUGACUGCUGAGGCCGACCAAAGGGGUUCACUUGUUGCUCCUGACAGGCUGCGUUUCGAUUUUGCAAACAAGAAGCCAAUGUCGCCAGCAGAAGUAAAAGCCGCUGAAGAACAUGCAAAUGAAAUGAUUGCAAAGAAUGAAGCUGUGUAUGCCAAGGAUUCACCUCUUCCUCUUGCAAAGGCUAUUCAAGGACUAAGAGCAGUUUUCAAUGAGACGUACCCUGACCCUGUACGUGUUGUCUCUAUUGGCAUCCCUGUUGAAGAAUUGCUCGCAGACCCUUCAAGUCCUGCGGGAUCUGUCACUUCCGUAGAAUUCUGUGGAGGAACCCACCUCAAGCGUGCUGGCCACGUUGGAGACUUCGUCAUUUCUACAGAAGAAGCCAUUGCCAAGGGCAUUCGUAGGAUUGUUGCUCUUACGGGUCCUGAAGCAACUAAGGCAGUGAAGAAAGCUGAGCAUUACCAAAGUGAGGUGAAUAGGCUUAGGACGGAGGUGGACAAGGUGACUCAGGCUGCCCAAGGAAAAGAGCUUGUCAAGCAAAUUGUUGAGCUCACAGAGGAGAUCUCUCAAUCUAGUAUUUCCUACUGGAAGAAGGAUGAGCUGAGAACAGACCUAAAGAACCUCAAGAAGAAGCUUGAUGACCUUGACAGGAGCAACAAAGCUCAGGCACAGCAAUUGGCGAUUGAGACUGUCAAGAAGCUUCUGGAGGACAAGAAAGAUUGUGACUACAUUGUCCACACACUUGAGGUUGGAGACAAUGCAAAGGCUCUUGAUGCUGCACUAAAACAAGUGAGAACGUUGACGCCCAAUGCAGCUGCCAUGUUCCUCAGCCAGGACAAUGAGAAGGGAAAGGUCAUUUGCCUGAGCACAGUGCCCAAGGGCAUUGUUGCAAGGGGCCUUACCGCCAACGCCUGGGUGAAGGAGGUGUCCGAAGUGAUUGGUGGCAAAGGCGGUGGCCGAGAGGAGUCUGCCCAGGCUAUUGGCAACAAUGUAGGCUCAAUUGAGAAAGCGCUACAGGUGGCCAACGAAUUUGCCAAGCUCAAGCUGGCCUGCUGAUGCCCAUGCGGGAUACUGGAAUGUCACUUUUUUUUUACUGGUUUUUGUUUCUAGUAUUUAAAGUUAAUAAAUUUCUGCUUUGUAAUGAAAACAACCUCACCU